CCGUCGAAUAUUACUUGUUAAUUAUCCAUUUUGUUAUUCAUUGAUCACCGCAUGUCGCAGUUCAUGGUCGGCGCGGGGAGAAUCGAUUUAUUGUGUACUUCGAUCUAACACUUUGAUAUAUCGAAUUCUCGCUCGAGUCGCGCGCCAUCUUGAGCUGCUACGCCGUUACCGCCAAUUCCUCGUCCACUUCGGUCAGACACGAACUCUAAAAAACGCGUUAUGUUUCCUUUAAAUAUCGAGACGUGACGCUAAAUGGAGUAAGGUUUGACUGUUGGUUGAGUGAUCAAAGCUGAUCUGGCGGAUACGUGGAUCGGCAUGCCGAGUUAUUAUUGUUCGCUUUGCGCCAGCGACGAGGGGGUCUUUCUGGACGUCUUUUCAGGAAGCGAUAAGACCUUCGCAUGGAAACUGGAAACCUGUUUGGCUUUGAAGGUCAACAGAUCGAGUUCUCUAUCAACCAAGAUUUGUCAUAAGUGUGCCUACGAACUAGAACAGUGCAACAAAUUUGUGCAAAAAUACAAAGACUGCCACUCCGAAAACGCAAACUAUAUUCCGAAGAAGGGCCACUGUAGUCUGUGUCUAGAGCCUGGUAAAAAAGGAUAUAUCUUUCAGUUGGACAAGAAUAGUCAUUCGCUAAAUGAUCCUCGACAAAAACUGUACGACUGUUUUAAGAAUAAGUUGUUGAAAAAUGAAUUAAACUUGUCAAUAUGUUUAACGUGCCGUUACAACUUGGAUGUAUUAUUUGACCUAAAGAACAUAUCACAAGAGGCCAGUGAAAAGUUGCAGUCUAUUCUCGAAAGAAAUACUAUUGUUUCUGAAGUGCCCAAGACAAAGACGUAUGUGGUAAACCGUAAGACGACUGCUAUCCGAUCCGCGAAAGUGGAGUUACAGACACCAUCUGAUUCAGAUAGUGAUUCUAGUAUCAUGGCUAGGGGUAGAAACCGAGCUACCAAAAUCAAUUCUAACAAGACGGAGAAGAAAUCAAAGACAGUCACGUGUGAACAGUGCCAUGCUCAUAUUGAGUAUGGUACCGAUAUGUAUAGACUUCACAGUACAGGUUUGACAGUUUGUAAAUCGUGUUGGAGAACGACAGACCCUGAAAAAAAUCUGUCGGCUAAACGAAAACGUCAAAACUCCCAAGAGUUGCGCAGUACAAAGAGAUGUUCAGUUUUUCUUAAAGAUGUACUUACUGAUACGUCCCUGAAGGACGAACCCAUUCACACAGGGGAUGAGGAUGAGCAAAGCAUCAAAACCUCAAUCGUAACAGAUGACAGUUCGGAACAAGAAGAAUUGUCAAAUAAAAAAUUGAAGGUAUCAGGGAAAAAAGAUAAUUUACCUAAAAUCCAAAAAUACCGAGCGAACACAAAACUGCGAAGGCACAAAUAUAAACAAAGCAGCACAAAGACACACAUUGAAGUUGUAUCUAAUAAAAACCUCGAUUUAAACACAAGACAAUUCAGACACAAAUCUGUGGAUUCUGCACACUCUGAACAAGAUGCCGAAUUAUCAAAGUCUGAUGAAGUGCAUUUAAAAAGGAAACACAAAUCUGACACGCAACGUAGUUCAGAUUCUGAAGUUUCUACAUCCAAAAAACAGCGAAAAGUUGUUGGAAAAGGUGUAGAAGAGAACGAGAAGGAAGAGCUCCCCAAGAGGACUCGAAAUAAAUUGGGCUCGACAUCAGAUUUAGAUGCCGAGAGCAAAGAUGAGGAGAAGAAGAAAUCUUCGAGAAUAUCUGAUGAAAAAUCCAAAAGUGAAGUUUCGUCCAAUGACGAGAGACCAGAAAAGGUUAAGAUAAGGAAAUCGAAAAAUAAUUUAAAAUUAAAGAUAUCAACCGAACCAAGGAUAAGAACUAAUACAAGGUCCAGCUCAAUUUCCAGUGAAGAGCCAGGUUCUUCCGUGGAGUUCAAAAGUCCAUCACAUCGAAGCUUAAGAGCUUCCUCCGUAACGAAGGGAUCAUCAGUGAAGAGCAAAACUGAGUCGAGUAAGGCUUCCACGCCGGAGUUGAUUAUAAUAGAAGAUACGGAGAAGCCAUUUAUCUGUGCUCUUUGCAAUGCAACCUACGAUAACAAGGUCGAUGGCAUGACCCAUCAACUCUCUCACUCGAAGCAGCCUGAGUUAAAGCUUUACAAGGUCAGGGUACCCGAUAUCCAUGAAGCCGAGGAAGCUGAAGAAGCUUCUUCACUGAGAACGGAUCUGGAGGAGCAGUCUCAUGAUGUCAGCAGUACUUCGGAUGCUCCUCGAGAAGAUGAUUUGAACGAAGAAACCAGAGAUACGGAGGAUUUGGAGAACAACAAAACGUUGAUGAAGGUAGAAAGUAAAGAAACGAUUAAAUUGUCCUCUUCGGAGAAGGAAACCGAUGAAGACGUCGACGUUGAACAGGUAGAUGACGAAGUCAAAGGUGUGUCUUCCGACGUAAAAGAUGGUUCGGUUCCUUUAAAAAUGAAUAAAAAUGACGGGGUCAAUGACGACACUGAAGCUGACACGGAUAAAAAAUCCGAAACGGAAGAUGAAAUCGAGGAUGUUGAAGAGAUCGAGUCGACAAAGAAGAAACCGGUAACCGAGGAAGUCGACGACAAGGAUGAGAAAAAUAAUGAAGUAGAUUUCGAGGAGGAGACUGAAGUUGAGAAGACUGAGGAGGUGGAGAAAGAGUGUUCUCCAGAACCCAUCGCCACGCCCGAAAAAAAUGACACUGAAGAAAAGGAUGCAGAGGUGGAGAGCGAGACGGAUAUCAAGAUCGUCGAUGUAGGGAGCUCAGAGAACAGCUCGGAGACCGUUCUAUCGCCUUCUGAAAAAAAGGUCGAGGAUGAAGAAAAGACCGAAGAGAAAAUAGAACUUGAAGAGUGCACGACAGAAAAGGAGAAAGCAGAUGAGGAACCUGAAGCGGUCGAGAGUGAGCAUACGAUGAGAAAUGGGCCUAUGAUCGAGGAUACAAAUACAAAGGAAGAAGAGAGCAAGCAGAAAGAAGUAGAAAAAGAAGUAAAGGAAAACGAGGCAGUCGAAGAGGAAAAUAUGGUAGUCGAAGAGGAAAAGGAGGCAGUUGAAGAGGAAAAGGAGGCAGUCCAGGAGGAAAAGGAGGCAGUCCAAAUGGAAAAGGAGGCAAUCCAAGAGCAAAAGGAGGCAGUCCAAGAGGAAAAGGAGGCAGUCCAAGAGGAAAACAAGGCUGUCGAAGAGGAAAAUAUGGUAAUCGAAGAGGAAAAGGAGACAGUUGAAGAGGAAAAGGAGGCAGUUGAAGAGGAGAAGGAGGCAGUUGAAGAGGAGAAGGAGGCGGUUGAAGAGGAGCAGAAGGCAGUCGUAGAGGAACUUAAGGUAGCCGAAGAGGAAAAUAAGGUAGUCGAAGAGGAACCGAAGGUAGUGGAAGAGGAAAAAAAGAUAGUCAAAGAGGAAAAAAAGGUAGUUGAAGAGGAACCGAAGGUAGUGGAAGAGGAAAAAAAGAUAGUCAAAGAGGAAAAAAAGGUAGUCGAAGAGGAAAAAAAGGUAGUCGAAGAGGAAAAAAGGGUAGUCGAAGAGGAAAAAAAGGUAGUCGAAGAGGAAAUGGAGGUAGUUGAAGAGGAGAAAUCCGAGUCCCUGACCGCUGCCGCGGAAGUCUUGGACCAGGUCCUCGACCAAGCCGAGGCCGAAGUUCUGAAGCGGUUAGAGGCAUCAGAGAAACUCGAGGAGAAGGAUGAAGCAAAUCAGGAAUCAACUCCUGAGACUCUGGAGAACAUCUCGAAGGAGAUACGCGACAGCGCCGACAUGCCCUCGUUGGAUCCGAUUAGUGACGAGGCCGACUUCGACGACCUCCACGAGUCGCACAUUGUGAUCGACGAGGUGUAAAUCCUGGAAUGCUCGUGGGUACUCCAACCUUAUCGUCACCUCGGGCUUGGAUGAAGACUACGUCUUAAAAUCAAAUUCGGCGACUCCACAGCCCCGAUUUUUUCCCGAAGUUAGUUGAAGAUCCGGCAAGCGAGGAAACCGACCUCGAAGACCUCCAAGAGACGCUUGUCGCGAUCGAAGAAGUCUAAAUCUCGGAGUGCUCGCGGGUCCUCGAGAUACAUCGUUGUGGUCUCAUUCAGAAUCGGCGACUCCGUGGCUACGAUUAUUCCCGAUAGUUCUCGCAACGGCCACCAGAAGCGUGUCCGUCCGUUGACGUGAACGAUAUCGGCACUUUCCAGCGUUUACCCAAAACGAAGGGAAAGACCUGGUCGACCGUUUUAAUUAGAAUCACUUAAAUAAGCCAAUGGACUUCAUGUAAUUAAUUGUGCGAUGGACAGAAAAAAAAUUAAGGGCAGAAGUGAAACGAUUGCCAGGGGUCGUCGAAUCUGCGUAUCGGACCAUACACGGCCGCCCGCCAUCUUGUUUCCAUAGUUUCUUAUUAUUUUCGCACGUUUCCCGUCAUUUACCCGCACGCUAAGAUGGACUCGAGCGAGAAAUGUGUACAAUUUUUUUUUCUCCUGAAUGAAUUAAGGUCGUAUCGCAAACGAUGGAGCGUGCAGCGAACACGAAUGCGAUCGGCUUACUUGGCGUAUUUUAUAUACAUAUAACUAUAUAUAUAUAUUACAUUUAUGUCGUGGCGAGAAGACAGAAACAAAAUUAAGAAGUGGACGGGGCAAACCCCGCCUAUUAAAUGUAACGUUAAGUGGA